AUGAUGAAUCCACUUUCUUGCAACAUCCUCGACGAGAAUUUCAUCCAGGCUAGGAAAGAAUCAGCCACAAUACCUACAUCAACCUUCCCCUUCCUAUCCCUACCACAAGAGCUUCGAGACCGAGUCUACGAUUCACACCUCUCCGCAACAUACAACCACUGCCUACCUGAUUCCUCCAAGCUCUGGGUUUUCCCCUUCAUCAGAAAAACACCGCACUUUCAGGGUCUCCAAGAGCGCCAUUUCGGUGGCCUUGCAAUUCUUCUGGUGUCCAAAUCCGUUCAUGAAGAAGCCAAGCUCAUCUUGUACAAAUGCGGCACGUUCUUCUUCAAUGUUCCUCAAGCAAUCGCUGCUCUGCGACACAGUCUUCUCAGCACGGCCGAUCUUCAGAAUAUCAUCAUCGACCUUGACUUCGAUAUUAUAUUCUCAUCCCUACACAGCCAAGACGCAACAGAUCUUGUCAAGCAUUUCGCCCAGCAAAAUAGCACCCUUACUUGCAGAUCUUGUGAAGUCCAGUUUCGGUUUGUCUCCGAGACGGACUUCCUAUUGGGCGAGAUGGGAGAGGUAAAAGCGCUUAAAGAUGCAAUUGACUCAGUGAAGCGCGAGUCGGAAUCGCUUUCGAAUGAGAAAUCCCUAGCUUUUGCCCGAAAUGAGUACGUCAAGUUCAAUCGCUGCUGGCAUGUGGUUGAGAAUCUCGAUCUAGGAGCCGGGGAGGGAAAUACCACGGACAGGGACAGCGAGGAAUCGCUGCUCCUCGAAAAGGAAAUAAACAUAUUCCACCUUCCAGCGUUGAAAUUUCAAGCCUACGCCAUCGUCUCAGUCUUCGCCCCAGAUUGGACCGCAACUCACCAAACUUGUUGA